AUGGCUAUCACAGAGGAUAAUGCCUUUGAGCUACCCAAGCUCCGUUCUUCAUUCGCCCUCGAAAACGAUACGGAGUUUCUGGAGAAUGACAACGUUGCUGAAUUCUUCGAUGUCAAGUUUUGCCCCUAUCAGCCUUUAGAUGCAGCCCCUGUCUUUGCAGCGAUCAGCAAAAAGCAUGUGGUUAUCUGUACCCUCUCUCAGACAGCCGAUGCCAACCCAUGUGAAGUGCUCUCGGUGAUCAGAGAUGAUGAUGAAGAGGCUUCCGCAUGCUGUUGUACUUGGACAAAAGAUCCUGCAACAGGGGCUCCAUAUCUCUGCAUUGGCGGAGUCGAUGCCAAAGUCAAGAUCUAUGAUGUUGUGAACGGAAAACUAUACAGGUGCCUUACUGGCCACGGAGGUGAUGUCAACGAUCUAGCAACUUCGCCUGCCAAUCCUUCUAUCAUCGCCUCCGCUUCGGGUGACACAAGUAUUCGUAUCUGGAGUCUUGAUCCCAUUCACGCCAACCGCCCAUGCUUGGCCAUUCUCGCUGGUGAAGGCCACUCAUGGGACCUUCUGAGUUUGGCAUUCCAUGACACUGGCCGGUAUCUCCUCUCAGCUGGCCAUGACCAGAUUAUUAACCUGUGGACACUUCCUGACCUGCCUACCGAGCCGAUCAUUACCCCUGAACGUGUGCAUUAUCCUCAUUUUUCGACAUCAGCUGUCCACAGCGGCAUCAUAGACUGUGUGGCAUUCUACGGCGACUGUAUCCUAUCCAGGGCAUGCCAUGACAACGUUAUUUCGCUUUGGAGGAUAGAGGGGUUUUCAUCGGCGAAUCCACCUCCUCCCCAGAGCAUAGCACCGACAGCUCAAACUACCGUUCCAACUAAUUACGACGAAGCGAGCCGUCUCACGCGUUCAGCGUUCGUCCCCACAAUCUCGCCUCAAUGCCCAUCUCAGUAUACUAUGUUGCUUCAGUUCCAUACUCCUAACUGUGGGCCGCAAUUCUUUAUGCGUUUCAAGCUGCAUUUUGUCCCAGAUCAACAUCCGGUUUUAGCAUUCUGUAAUGCUGCUGGAAACGUGUUCUUCUGGGAUUUUGAGCGCUUAAUAGCGUACAGGGAGUUUAUGGAAGCGCUCAAAGAUCCCAACAGGAAUAGGAGUAAACCCCUUCCCCAUCCUAACUGGAUGAGACCUGUGAAGGGUCGCCCCAAGACGGACUCUAAUAAAGGCCGGCAUGGAGGUGGCGACAAAGACGCCCCGAGUGCUUUCCGGGCAGACGCCAUCAGGUUAAGCGAAGAAAUCGGUGACUAUAAUGCAGAAACCCUUGAGACCUGGGCGUCUAGGUACAGUCAGGAUGAUCCUCAUGAGCCUUUGAAGGCACAUAAGACAGAGUCUUCAUCAGCCAACUUUGUGGGACGACAGGCAGCCUGGAGCCCCGGAGGAGAGUGGUGCGUGGUGGUGGGAAGUUCGAAUCAAGCAUUGAUCCUCCAGCGUUGGGCUAACAAAGGCUCGGCGUCGAGGGCGACUGGUUCCGCCUCUGCACCUCCAUCUGCGCCUAGCAAGAGUGGCACUACUUAG